AUGAGCAUGUCGUUAUUUACUGCUCAGAUUUUUCCUGGACAGGCAUUAGGGUUUCUAGUGCUCGGGUCUUCCCUAUACGGCAUAUUAACACGUCUCAAAGCUGAACCAAAUCGCUUCAAAAAGAUUGACUUGUUGUAUAACCACGACCUACCCGUUACAGAACCCGUCAUCCUUAACCUCCCUGUAAAUGGUCUUCGUCUACGCUUCGAUGGACCGGAGCAGCGAUUGCGAUUGAUAGAAGUGCUAGACUUUACUAAAAGUCACCUCACUUACAAAGAUAAGGAUGUCUUACGACCUAAUCACGUAACUCAGGCAAUAGGACCAUUACCAGGCGAAAACGCGUCCGGCCCAAAUUUUCGACAUAUUUACAAUCGUUUGUUCGGGCCGACAUUUCCCGGUGAAUUCAUCGAGCCCGAGCCCCAUGAUGUAGAUGAAAUUGGAACGUACGUCCUUUCAUACCCGGGAAUAGCUUUUUCCUUUCCAUUGCCUAAAUCAAAAUGGUCGCCCAAUGAAGAUUGCGUAUCGCUCUUAUCUUCGUCAACUAGCCAGCUAGCCUCGUCGAUGGCCAUAUUUCGGGGCGCGUCAUGGUCUAACGCUAGAGAUUUCCUGUACACUUACGCCUCAUCCUCAAGAGAUUUAUAUCCCGUGACGAGUAAAAGUCGGGAGCCUGUGCCUGAAGAGGUGAAACUAAUUCGUUUACACGGGAUGGGUCAGAUCGAGCUUCUACGUCCUGAGGGUGUCACUCCUGUAUGGAUCAAACUUGGCUUUACUUCUCCACAAGAUUUAGUGGCUAACCUCGGCCCACCUGAUGCAAUAUAUCGAAAGAGUGAUCAGAAAAUGUCGAUUCAUAAAUAUCGUGGCUAUUCACAGCCAAUAACAAAUAACAUGAAGCUUCAUGAUGAUUCAACAGACACUGAUCAGUCCUCUGCGAAUACCCCAACUGACGAAUCAGAUCUUGAGGCCAACGACGCAAAUAUGGCCACUAAUAGAGUUGGAGAAUGCUUCUAUAAUUACUUUUACCAUGGAUUUGAUGUCUUGCUUUCCUCACCAACGAACCCAUCUCCAUGCCCUCCAUCCAAAAUUCAAGAUGCUUCCCAAUGUAGAGUCGACAGUAUUGUAUCUUCGAGUUCAUCCCAUCGUCUUGUUGCUACAAAGCUGGUUCUACACGGAAACGUGCCAGGGUCGUAUCCGUUCAGUCUACACCGUCGAUGUAGAUGGGAGAUAAAAUAUCUUGUACCCCAAGAUGGGCAUGGCAUCGUAAAUUCUGAAUCACUCUUCACAGAAAUCGAAAAGCAUUUACAGGAGGAGUGGAAGGGCAUAUAUAAAGAUGCAGAAGACGCUCAAACCCGUCAACGCGGUAUGGUUCUCAAUCGCGAUUGGGGCGAUAGCCCAGGUAGUAGCUGUGAGUUGCUUGGUGCAUGGGAAGAAAGUGUAAGCGGAAAGCUACCUGAGGCAGUUGCUGGCGAAGGUGUUAAGGGUUUAGGAAAUACAACACUAUUUGGCUUCCCGGGGUUGGUGUUUGAAGUCUUAAAAAAUGGGACCGUCAGUGGAGUGACUGUUUUUUAA